CUACUGACCGUAUGUUGCGUUCCCAUGUGAUACGCUGCUUUUGACACGUGGUUAUGUUUUAAAGAUGGCAGAUUGCAUGUCUACAUAAGUGCGGUAUCCAUACGAUUCAUAGUGAUUGAAGAAGAACUCUGAAUAGCACGUGAGCGAUUCAACAAACAGUGCACCAUGGCAGAAGUUGCUGUUGACACUUCACCAGCUGAUUCAUUACCCAGCACAGAGAAGGAAACUGACCUGAAAGAAGGAGAUCUAAUGAAGGAGAAAAACCAAGAGGAUCAACCAGAAGGAGCAGCAGGUGGUGACUCCAGCAUGUAUCGUUACAUCAAAGGAGAUCUCUUCACCUCUGAGAUCUUUAAAGUUGAGAUCCAAAACUUGCCCAAGUACAUCGGCUUCAACGACCUGAAAAAGUUCCUCAACAAACACGGCAUCAAUCCUCACAAAAUCAAGUUGCUUAACAAACAGAUGUUCGCCUUUGUCACUUUUAAGAACCAGGAGGAAAGGGACAAAGCCAUGAAGUUAGUGCAUGGCAUGCAGUGGAAGAAUAAGGUGCUGAGCGUACGGUUGGCAAAGCCCAAAGCUGACCCCAUCCUCAAGAAGAGAAAACAAGAAGAGGAGAGCGAGGCUGGGCAGCCGGGUGCCAAACGGGCUGCAGGUAGCCAGGAGGCAGAGGAGGGUGAGGAAGAGCCCCUUAGUGUUCAGAUAGCCAAUGCAGUGACACCGCUGUGGAACGUCCCAUAUGAGGAGCAGCUGAAGAGGAAAGAUCAAGAAGUGGAGGCUAUUCUGCAGAAACUGACCAGAGAAAUUGGCAACAACAACAAGGCCAUGCUGCCGUGGCUGUUUGUUCAAAAAGAGAAAAACAACAAAAUGUGCUGCCCACUGGAGCCCAUACGUCCAUCACCUGUGCAGACUGAGUACAGGAAUAAAUGUGAGUUUGUGAUCGGAGUUGGAGCUGAUGGAGAAGAUAAGACCGUGGGCUUUCGUUUGGGAAAGUACAAAGGAGGAUCCUGUGCAGUAGUGAGUCCCUCAGAAACCACCCAUGUAUCUUCUGAAGCCAAGAGGAUUGUCCAAGCCUUUCAGCAGUUUAUAAGGACUACCCCAUAUGCAGUAUACAGUCCAGAGACUUACGAAGGCCACUGGAGGCAGUUGACUGUACGGACCUGCAGGACAAAGCAAACCAUGGCCAUGGUUUUCUUCAAUCCACAGAAACUCCAAGAAGAGGAACUUACAGAGCUGAAAGCAAACCUGCGUCACUAUUUCACAGAAGGGGAAGGGAAAGAAAGUGGCAUCACAUCCUUGUAUUUUGUGAGAAUGGGACAAAGGAAAUCUGCGGGCACAGAGGACCUUCCUUGUGAGCAUGUGACCGGCACCGAGUGGAUUCAUGAAGAGCUCCUUGGACUGAAGUUUCGCAUAUCACCUCAUUCAUUCUUUCAGACGAACACUCCUGCCGCUGAGGUUCUGUAUUCUGCUGUGGGUGAAUGGGCUCAGUUAGACCAGGACAGCAUUGUUCUGGAUGUGUGCUGUGGAACAGGAACCAUCGGGAUCUCUUUGGCAAAGAGAGUGAAGAAGGUGAUUGGGAUAGAGUUGUGUCAGGAGGCAGUGGAAGAUGCUAAGGCUAACGCUGAAGCUAAUGGCUUGACCAAUGUGGAAUUUCACUGUGGGAAAGCUGAGGAUGUGUUCCCUACUAUUCUUAAUGCAGUUGUAUCCCCCAAUGUCACUGCAAUCGUUGACCCUCCAAGAGCAGGCCUACAUUCCAAAGUUAUUCUGGCGAUCAGAAAAGCUGAGCAUUUAAAGAGGCUCGUCUAUGUUGCCUGCAACGCCAAAGCAGCUAUGAACAAUUUUAUUGAUCUCUGCAGAGCGACUUCGAAUCGUGUGCGAGGAAGUCCCUUUCGUCCAAUGAGAGCUAUGGCUGUGGACCUUUUUCCCCAAACCAUGCACUGUGAGACCAUCUUGUUGUUUGAAAGAGUGGACUACACCUCCAACACUGAAGACCCGAAGCUUUGAUGUCUUUAAUAUCCACAAUGCCAAGACGGCUACCCUCACACUAUAAACAUGAGUAACUAGACAGCAGACAACUCAAGGCCGAAUCCGCACCAGAGCUGCUGGCUUUCUCCCGGAGUCGUCUGCUGUCUGGGUAGUAAUUACUUUCGAACGUUAAAUGGACAACACACUUUUUUUUGAAAAUGUUCAUUUCCAGCUCCCCUAGAGUUAAACAUUAGAUUUUUACUGAUUUGGAA